UGCACUCAAGCUUCAAGCUGUUGCAAAAAGGUUUCAUAUGUUCUGUUGUCAUUCAAAUUCUUUAUCCACAUAUGCAUGUCUUGCACUACAAAAAACCUAAACUAAAAACUCAAUCUAUAUUAAGUGUCCUCUUUUAAAACCCUUUUAGGUCAGUCAGCAAUGGCUGCAGCAGAAAUUCCCAGUUACAUUGUCUCUUCUCAGACUGAGAAACACAGGAGGGCCAGAAACUGGACUGAUGCAGAAAUGAGAGGUUUAAUGCUGGUUUGGGAAGAAUUUUUUGAUGAGCUGAAACAAACUAAAAGGAAUGCCAAAGUUUAUGAGAAAAUGGCUAACAAACUCUUUGAAAUGACUGGAGAAAUUCGCCACGGAGAGGAAAUAAAGAUAAAAAUUACAAAUAUGACAUUCCAGUACAGGAAAUUAAAAUGCAUGACUGACAGUGAAACUGUGGCACCUGACUGGCCUUACUACAAAACCAUUGAUAGGAUCUUAUCCAAAGUGACAGACCACAGUGAUGUGAAAAUGCACGAAAAUCAGCAACCAGGUCCUUCUACAUCACAGACAGAGGCCUCACAGUCUCCAUCAGCUAAGUCUACACCUCUGUAUUUGCCAUAUAACCAGUUUACAUAUGAAGGAAGGGAAGAAUGCUUUGAAGAUGAACAUUCAGAGAGCUCAUCAAGCUUGCUUUCUUACAAGCUGAGAGCUGAAGAAAGACCAGUUAAGAAAAGAAAAAUGCAAAACUGCAGUUUCCAAAAGAAGAAGCUAAAAUUAAUGGAAGCCAUGUUGGAAGAACAGAAGAAGUUGAGUAGAGCUAUGGAAGAAACCUGCAGGGAAGUGCGCAGGAUCCUGGAUCAGCAGAACAUCAUUCAAGUUCAAAGCUUACAGUUACAGGAGAGAAUGAUGAAUCUACUGGAGAAAAUGAUCUCCAAGUCUAAUGUGUAGUUUCCUUUGUGAAUGCCUCUGAGAUUACUAUUGCAAUUAUAGAUAACCAUUUAUUGCACACCAUAUGUGUGUCUGUUGCCCUAUUCCCAGGUUUUCCAUGGAAAUUAAAACCCUAGUAUAAUCCUAGUUCAGCAAAGAAAACAUAAUGCAGGGUGAGAGCUAUCCAGUAUAAUAAAAUUAGUGCAAUAUAUGCCUAAGUUGAAUUAUUUUUAUACAGAAAGGUUAAGGGAUAAAUAGCUCGGGGAACUGAAGUACUAUUUAUGCCUAAGUCAGGUAUUGUUUUGCAACAGUGGUGUUGUAUAUUGCUUCACAUCAAGGACUGCAGCUUAAUCUGUUUUAGGAAAAUGAAAUACUGCAUUUCUAAACAUGGUUAUUGCACCUUGACUUUGCUGGUGAUUAAACCCUGUUUUGAAAUAUA